AUGUCAUGGGGAUGGAGGAAAAUACUUCAGAUUCGCCCUUUGAUAAGAAGGUUUAUGUGGUAUAAAGUGGGAGAUGGGAAUUCAGUGUCGGCUUGGUAUGACUAUUGGUGUACGCAUAGUCCUUUAGCAGAGCAUUUAACUGCCAGAAUGAUUUCUCGAGCUGGUUACAAUUGGUCCACUAAAGUUGCUGAUCUGAUCUCUAAUGGCUCGUGGACUUGGCCUAGAAGCUGGAAUAACAAAUUUCCUAAUGCAAGCAUACCAAGUAUUGAUUCUAAUGCUAGGGAUGUCGUAUUUUGGAAAGAUAGAAAUGUUGUUGAUCAUCAUUAUUCAGUUGGAUUUGUUUGGGAAGAUAUUCGUGUUAGGGAGCCUUUGCUUUGGUGUCAUGUGGUCUAG